UUCCUUCCUUCCCUUCCUCUUCCUCUUGUGACGUUGAAAUCUUCCGGGAAGAGAAACCUCGCGCCAGUCGCGGAGCCGUCGCCGGACGUGGGCAGUCGUGCCUUUCGGAAUCUCAGGCAAAGAAGGGAAAGGAAAGAUGAAGAUGAAGAAAACGAGGGUGAAGACUGGGAAGAGGAAGUUCGGAGAGAGUGAAUCGGACCCCCGACAUGCGGCGGCACAGUUGAAAGGGAGGAAGAAACAAAGGGGCAGCGGAAAGGGACGGCAAAGCGGGCGCGGUGCCGGCACUGGACCUCGGCUCCCUCUGGGAAUCAAGAGAGAGCUCGCCAGCCUCGCUCGAGACAGUGGGGGCGAUGCUUCGGACUCGGGAAACGAGUCGACGGACAAUCCGCACCCGGGAGACUCUGUCUAUGAGUAUGACGAGCCGUUGCCGCAGGAAGAGACGAAGAAGAACCGGAGAUUUGAUCCUGUGGAAAAUUUCGAGUUCGAGCUGCCGGAAGAUUUUCAGGACGAAGAAAUUGACGAGGAACUGGCUUCUGUUGGUGGUUCCGGUGAAGAUGAUGAUGGUGAUUUUGGUUUUUUUGGUGAAGAUCUGAGGCGUUCUUCUACAUUUGGAAAGAGGCGUUCAGAGGAAAAUGACGAUGUGCGUGGUGAGGAUGAAUGUGAAUAUGAUGGAGAAGAUGAGGAGCAAGCAGGUGAAGCAGAAGAAGCAAAUUAUGACGACGGCGAUCAUGAUCCAGAAAGACAUUCGAGGCUGCUCCAAGAGAUUACAGGGUUGCCAAGGGAUGCCUUUGAGCGGAAUUUAGAGAAGGCCUUAUCUUCAAAGAUAAAUCUAGAGCCGGAGGAACCUUCGGGUCUUAAUGAGGCAAAAAGUGGUGGCACCAUUAGCGUUCAAGACCUCUUGGACCCUCUUUACGGAAAACCUGGAUAUAGUAGUCUCAGAAAGAGAAUGCAUCACUUAGAACGAAAAUCAGAGCCUGUGCGAGCCCCACUUCCGAAGGUGAUCCAGGAAAGAUUGGAUAGGACAUCGGCAUACAAGCUGUCUAAAGAUGACAUUACCAAGUGGGAGCCAUUGGUUAAGAAAAAUAGGGAAGCACCUACUAUAUACUUUGGUGAAGAAGUUCAAGCUCGAAUUCCUACUGUAGGAGAAAUUGCUUCUGAGUUCAAGCCAAGAACAAGUUUGGAGCAAAAGAUUUCCUCCAUACUGGGUAAUGCCAAGGUUGUUGAAGCUCAUAUGAAAGACGGUGCGGCACUUCUUGAGCUUAACAAGAUUUCUGUUGAAAGUGUAAGAGAGCGUCAGGGUCGUCUUGCAAAGAUGCGGAGCCUCCUUUUUCGACAUGAAAUGAAAGCAAAACACAUAAAAAAGAUCAAAUCUAAAACAUAUCAUCGUAUCCUUAAAAAGAAUAAGUUGAAGUCUAAAUCCGUUGAUGUUGAAGCAGAUCCUGAAGCUGCUAAAGAACAUGCUAUGAAGCAGGAAUUUAAGCGUGCCGAGGAAAGGAUGACACUAAAACAUAAAAACAGUUCUAAAUGGGCAAGACGCAUCCUAAAGCGUGGAUUGAAUGCUCAAGAUGAAGGAACUCGAACUGCCAUUUCUGAACAACUUAAUCAACAUGCCCUUCUAACAAGAAAGAUGAAUUCUAUGAAGGACAACAGUAGUAGUGAUAGCAGUACCGAUGAGGAAGAUGAGGAAGAAGCAUCUGCCUCGGAUGACGAGCAGGCAUCCAAGUUGCUGAAAAAUGCGAAAGAUAAAACCAUUAAGAUAAUUGAAGAAGAACAGGAGAUUCCCAAGUCAGGAUUGCUUUCCCUGCCAUUUAUGGUCCGUGGAAUGGAGAAGAAAAAAGAAGCUGCUUAUGAAGAGGCUCGCUCUGCUCUUGAUGAGUAUGACUCAUCUUUGAACCCUACGAAUGGUUCAAAUGGUACUAACCCUAAGAAAAAAGGUGCCUCAAGUGGUAGAAUGGUCUUCGGUGACACAAAAAAGCAAUCAUCGACAUCCAUGUCAAUGGUUAAACAGCGAGAGUUUAGUCAAGAGUUGAAUAGUGAAGAUGAUGAAGGUAAUUUUGGAAACAUGGGAAAUGACAAUGCUUGUCCAGAUAGAACUAAAGCUCCUGGGAAUGUGGAUGUUGAUCCUACAUCACUUUUGGAAGAUUUGGGUAUUCAGCAUGAUCCAGUGUUGAAGAGUGCUGAUGAUUUGAAGAGAGGGUCAGGUCCAAGGACGACUUUUGAGGUUUCAAUUUGUGCCCCAGAAUCUCUGGUCCAGGGAUGUAAAGAUGUAAACGUACCUGAGAUGGAGGAUCAGAAUCAUCAUCAAAAUCGGGAGGAAGUGAAGCAACUUGCUUGCUCUGACAGUGCUGAUGAGUCAGAGGAAGACAAUCAAUCUGUUGAAUCCAUGUCAGAUUAUGAGCUUCCAUCAAUGCCAGAGCUCAUAAAGCGUGCUUUUGCCAGUGAUGAUGUGGAGGAGGAGUUUGAGAAGGAGAAACUGGAAGCUCUGAAUGAGGAAGUUCCCAUGCCAGAGAAACCAAUGUCUCUUCCUGGAUGGGGACAGUGGACUGACGUCCAGGAGAAAAAAGGCUUGCCUUCAUGGAUCUUGGAAGAGCAUGAAAUUGCAAAGAGAAAUAGGGAAAAUGCACUUAAAUUGCGAAAAGAUGCAGAACUUAAGCAUGUAAUUAUAUCUGAGAGGACCAACAAGAAGGCUGAGAAAUUCUACACACCAACAUUACCAUUCCCACACAAAUACGAGGAAGUUUUCAAACAGAGUAUGAGAGUGCCUCUUGGACCUGAUUUCAACCCAGCAAAGUCAUUUCGAGAACUGAACCGGCCCCCGGUAAUCAAGACCCCUGGUGUUCCCAUAAACCCAAUCACGUUCAAAGAGGUGAACCCUCUUGAUAGUAAAUUAGAAUCCAAUACUGGUAAUGAGAAUCGCAAGUCAUUUAAGAUGAAAGGUGCCAAGAAGAAAAACAGUAUGAAGAAAAGCAAGUGACCAGUAUAGCAGUAUUAUGAAUGUGGAUUUGGGCGGACACCGUCAUUUGAUCUCCAAUUUGGUGGUUCCUGGUGCUUUGGUUGGUGAAGAUAUUCCUUGCGUUUGCCAUCCACAUGGAAUUUAUUUCGAGCAUCAUGGUAUUGAUUUUUUUUCAUCUAAUUUCUCAAGGUGAAAGAAAUCAACAGGGAGAACUAAUUAUUGAUCUAUAGAGAUUCGAGGAAUCAGCCAUUUUCCAACGGCAACGGGAAGUAAAAGUUAAGGACAAUAUCAAAGUUUUGGACGCAAAUUGUUUGAGUUAUCCAGGUGGGCGUGCAAGUGCUGGUUGUAUUUUAAGAAUGUAGCAUGAAGUGUGAUGCCUGGAUAACAUCGCAUAGAGACGUUUACAUAUAUAUUCACGUCUUCUAACAUCUGUAAUGAGUUAUUUUGUCAUGAGGAACACUGAAUAUUCUUAUUAGAGACACAGAAAUAAGAGUUAUAAGUCUCUUUGACAUUGCUUA